UUGCUGCACCCAUAGAGAGCCCGACUCUCAGUCUCUGUUUAUUGCACAGAUGAUUUCAUUGCCAUAUCUGCUAUUUGUUUGCAUUGGCCUGUGUAAAAUCUUAUCUUGUGUGUUGAUGGAUUACACAACGGAGCCAGUAUGUGUCAUAUUAAGCAAGCUAUCAAAACAGCACUAGGAGUUUCUCUCACUUUGCUGGCAGAUCCAUCGCCAACCGCUCUCACCUCUGGGUUUGUUUGCGUUCUGGAUGGAUACUCAUCAAUGCAGGAGCCUUGUAGACUAAAGAGGGAUUGGGCUUGAUUUGUACAUCCCUCUUGACAAAUGACAUAAAUACACAUUAAGCAGUGAAAGCGUUUGUUUUAGGAACUCUUUAAAACCCCUCCAGAGGCCAAGAAAUGCUCCAUACAACAAAAACCUUGCAGUGCUUUUUAAGCUGGGAUGGGGAGUGGGGUGCAAAGGCAUGGAGUCUGGUUGAGGUUUUGGAUGGGAGUAGAGGAAUUCUGGCCACAUAAAGACACCCAGUCGCUUGAUCUCAAAGAUUUUGACUUUGUGAUGUCUCACGUCAUUGCUCAAUCGCACACCCACACCCUUCACUGUGUUUGGGCACGCUGUAUGGUACGCGCUUUGCUCUAUAGACCGCAGCUCAGCGGGCCCUGCAGGGUCUGCGGCGCUGGUCGCUCUCUGGCAUAAAUCAACAUUCAUUCAGUCAUUCCGAUGAAGUAUAAUUGUGAAAGAAGAUGGGCUGUAAAAGGCCCUGGUUUCUGGAAUUUAUCUCCAAUUAAAAUAACUUUUCAUUUGACAUUUCUGGACACAAAAACUUUCAUUCUAACAAAUUCAAAUGAGAGGAAAGAAGUGCAUAUGAUUUAAAAAAAUAUUUUAAUAAUAAAGUCCAAGUCCAUUCUCAUGGAUGGAUGGAUACUGGUUUUUUACAUUUUAAUUUAAUUUAGUUUCAGGGUCUGAUGGUUUCAACUUCAGAUACCCUUGGACUGGCAAGAGUUUGUUUGAUGAUCGUCUGAUUAUUACUUAUUACGGCACACUAGAAAGCAUUUCUUGAUCAGUAACAGGCAACAGACUCAAAAGAGGAGAAUGUAAACCAGAACACUUAGGAAAUUCUACACCUUCAGAAGAAAAGCCCAGAUAUGGUGGAAUGUGUUCUAACAUUUCCUCCACUGGUCCGUUCAGCCACACAAGGAUACAGAUUCUACAGUAUGACCCAGUUUUUGCUGACAAAGCCUUUAUUCUGGGUACGAUCGACACGGUGGUCUGAAUGUGGCUGACGGCCUCAAAUAUCACCCAGUCUGCUAGAGAGAAAGAGAGAGCGAGAACGAGAGCGUAACUCCAUGUGAGACAGAGGGGGAGGUGAACGUAAGGAGGACCUGUAAAGGGGCUGUACAAACUACCCAUAACAUACACACCGAAGCACUUGGGAGUACAGGAAGCAGCAGUGGAGAGGAAGAUCACUGACUCAUUGUACCCUGGCAGCAGUGGAGGUUCAUCCAGUGGCCUUUCAUUUCAACUACACAACUAGAGACAUUAAGCCCUGUCUGGAUAUACCAUAUACUUGCCCGAGGAGUCUUUUUGAACCUAAUCUGAAACAAGCAAAUAAACUAUGCCACUGUGAUGGUGGGUUAGAGAUCAUAUCACUGGGCUUAAGCCACCCAUAUAGUCUCGGUCAGUAAUACAGGGAUAAGGAAUGAAAACUAUAGAAACCAUUCGUUUAAAAUCCAAACAAUAUGGACUGAGCACAAUUAAGCCUUGCUUGAAAGUUUAGCGAUUACAAUAGCCGCAGUCAGAACAUUUGGACAACCUUUCGGCUGAAUGUGUUUUUUCAUGUGCUAAUGAAACGACAGGAAAGCACCAAGCACUCCCCUUCAUCUUAACAUUGUUGAAACAUUUUGAGAGCAAGGGCUACACGUGCCUUUAAAGAAACAGUCUGCCUCGGGGAGAUUGCGAUAAACUCGAGGGACAUGUUUUGGUGACUUUGACUCAAAAAGAAAGACAAAUAUCUGGAUAAGACAUCGAAAACAGACGCAAAUAGAACAGAGGACAGUUUGCCAGCCUUUGCCGCAUUUGCACAAGAGCAUAUCCCAGUUGUGAAAUUUUCUUGGCACUUUUCCAUGGGAACUGAUCCAGGGUGCAUUGAGAAGUACCUCCAGGGAGGUCUUGUUAGAGUUUGAAUAAUAUUGUGUGGAUUGAAAGCAAAAGUACAUUUCUCUACUCCGAAGGAUUACCGUGAAGAAAAUGUCCAGCAAAAUGUAGAGCUUUAGUUUAACUUUGAUCCUGCUUUUGAUCUUUGUUUCUUCAAAAGUCGGGAAGCAUAAAACAGUCAGCGGAUCCCGAAACCACCUCUUACAAGUCAAACUUACGCCCCAGCUGAGAAAAAGCUUUUGUCAUACCCAGGCAAGUGUGCCAGCUAAAAGGGGGCUCAGCGAAAGAAGAGAGUAUCUUAAGCAAGAACGAAGUGAGGCGGGCUGGGAUGGAGUGCAGACAUGAGCCUGCUAGAAGAGGGGACAGCUGGGGUGGGCCUACCACUACAACAUCCUCCACCCUCAACAAGACAGGAGCAAACACGUCCCUGGAGAGGCACAGUACUAACAACUUGGAGAAGGAUGACCACCACUGUGGGGUCAAAGCAAAGCCAGGCUUGACGUCCUGCCAGAUGGAGCGGAGAACAAACCUCAGCAGAAGUGCCAGUUUGUCGGAGAAGGAGCUGAAGGAGGCACGGACCAAGAGUCAGAUCAUUGCUGCUCAGCUCCAGGCCAGUUCCAACUCUAAAGGCGUCCAACUUUUCAACCGGCGCAGACAGAGAGUGAACGCUUUCACACUUGUAAGCGUCGGAGGAGGGGGAGUGGAGGCAUCCAAGAAUGUAAUUGAUUCAUCUUUUGAAAGUCCACGGACAUGGAACAAACAUCACUUGACUGAGGACCAGGACAAGGAGUUGAAUCGUAAGAACCUCUCGUGGAUGGCCGACAGAAUCAGCAGUACUGGGAGUGACAUGGAAGAUGCUAGUGAGGUUACACAGGAGGAUGUAGCAGAAGAAAGCGGCCAAGACAGACACUUUCUCCCUGUCAACGAGAAGGAUGAGGAGCUCUCAGAAGACGUCACGGAGCAUGUGAAGGAAGAGGUUACUCUUAGAAGUGAUAAUACCCCUGCUGUUAUGGACAGAACUGGUCAAGAUGAAGCUGAAGACAAUGGAGCACACAAUAAAGAAAUCCCAAAUGGAUACAGUGCACAAUGCAAUGGAAAAGCAGAUAAGACAGUGACUAAACAGCCCACCAUCAUGAACAGAACAGCUCGCCCAUUUUUCUCCCCGACAACAGUAGGAUCCUCUGAAGCUACAAGUCCAGUCAUGGACAUCCCUCCAGCCCCAUCUGAUGACUCUACAACACACUUUGAACCUUCAACUUACCCAGUGCACCCAAGACCUGUUUUCUCUCCACCACCUCCUCCUUCAUAUCCAACGCCUCCUCUCCCCAGCUACUCCAGCCCUCCUCCACCUAACACAGCCCAUGCUCCCUCACCUCAGCCUUCUUCUUACAUCCGCCCAUAUGUCCCCAGGCCUACAUUUGUCCCUAACCUUAUGAGUGAGAAGAGAUCUGUAACUCCCAUCAGAUCGGGCAUCCUUGACGAGGGCCGGGCUCGCAGAGUGACCCGCAAGUCGAUGUUCACAUUUCAGGAGAAGCCAAAAGUGGCUCCGAAUCCCGAACUCCUGUCCUUGGUGCAGUGUGCAGAUGGAAAGAAGAAAAAACCCCAGCCAUAUGCAGGGCAGGAAGAGGAGCUGCUGGAUCUCGGGGCUGAAGCCUCAAACUUCCUGGCCAAGGACAAGGAUAUUCACGAGGAAGCUGCGGUGCCAGAGUGGGCCUCGAGUUUGAAAAGCUCCAGGACACGUGCCAGGAUAGAGCACAAGCCUGAGCAAGCCCUGACCAAUGCUUCAGGAAAAGGAGCCGAACUGUUUGCCAAGCGCCAGUCGAGGAUGGAAAGGUAUGUCCAUGACAGCAAGGACCUGAGAGCUCCCUCUCCUACCAUGUCCUUGCCUCCUUCGUGGGUGUAUCCAUCCAACAUGCCCGGUCGAGUAAAGGCCAUAGUAAACUCCUCCAAUAUAAGUACACAAAUUUCAAAAACACUUCAAGCUCAGCAGGCAACUCAGAAAAAGACUGUCCCUGCCAAAACACCAGCACCUGUUCCGGCUCCACCUCCAGAAAUACCCUUGGAGAAUGGCUGCACUAAAAUCGACAUGGAGCUGUCCAAACAUCAGCCAUACCAGCUCAACUCAUCCCUCUUUAUCUUCAACCCAAUGAAAGAUCCCUACAGCACUCUUCCCAGAGCCGCCCCAGCUCCUAAAUCUGUCGUGACAGCUCACUCCUACUCCAGACAGUCAUCCCUUCCAACAAGCCCAUUGCCAUCACCCUACAGCCCAUCUGCCGCCUAUCGGUCAGCCCAUUGCUUUUCGCCUCCUAUGACACCUCUCAGUCCCAUCAAAGCAGGCAGUGUCAGUUCCCCAGUGUCACCUUUAGCUCCAGAUCGUGUGGCUUCACCUCGCUCUGGCGUCAAGCUCCACGUCCCACGUUCUCCACCAAAAAAGCUGGUAUCAGCCCACAGGUGUGGAAACCCUCUUCGUUCUUUUAAACCUUUUAAUUUCUGCUCUUCUUUGCUUUAUGUACUCUUCAGACCAAAGUAUAAUGGAAGUAAAGUAAAAGGGACACAUAUCAGACUGACUGUCCACUUAGAAGUAGCAAGAGAGCAGUAAGGUUCUAAAAAGUAGCUACAGGAAACAUGAAAUCUAGCAUGCUUGGUCAGGCCUGUUUGUUUAUUGUUUUUGUUUUUUUGAGUUUUGCAAGUGGAAGCAAUAAAUGUCAGGUCCUACAAUUGCCUGUAAAACUGAUUUAAAUUGUAAUUCAUAAACUGGCCACCAGAGGGCCAUCAAUUGAACCCUUAUUUAUUUUUUAAUUAAGACAUUGUAAUUUAAUACAGCUUUGAGUUUCAGAACUACAGUUUAUUCAUUUUUGUGCUGAUGCCAGAUAUAUUUUUGGUACAAAACCAGUGUGUCAUUUUCCAACGCUUGCCUCCAAGUUUUCAGGUUGGAGUUGGUAUAAGCUCAUAAGAAGUUUAGCAGAUGGUGUUUUGCAUUUUAUGACGUACGAAUACAAUUUAAUAUGAGUAGGAUGAUAUGAGAGCCUCUUUCUAUUAUGACACAUGUACUAAUUCUUUAUCUUAAUUAGUUCUGUGUGCUUUUCUUUGAUUUAUAGUUCCAGUUUAAAACUUGCAUACUGCACACAACAGUAUGUACUUAAUGUAGAGUGCAAAAACUCCUGUAU